AUGCGCCUUCUCUCAACCAUCAGCACUUUGUUGCUUUCUGUGUCGACAGUCAUCUCGGCAUCGGUUGACGAUGUAGUCAACGACAUCACCGUUCUCGACCAAGACGUCCAGGACCUGACGUCGAUGGUGCGCGGGUAUCAGGGCGGGCUCAUCGCUCAGGGCCCCCUCCUCCUUCAGUUGACAAAAGUGCACAUCGCAACGCGCAAAGGCGGAUACGACGCAUCAACUCUGCCUACCACACCACUCUCCGAGAGCGACGCGCUCAGACUUAUCGAGCACGUCAACACGACUCUUGCCGUCGACAACCCAAUCGCGGUGGACGUUCUGAAGUCGAAGAAGGCAUUGUUUGAUGCCAGUGGUACGGACCCAUUCAUCAAGGCAGGACUGCAAAUCUUGCUCGACGACCAUUUGUACUUUAGCAACGAGGUGCUGGAGAGGACUCCUCAGGAUCUAAUCGCAGAGGCCAAUCAGGUCGUGGAUGUCAUCAGCAAUGCCCUGCAGGGAGGCAUUGCAGCUUUCUCAUAG